GCAAACAGUGGAAACUAAAACUGCACUUCUGCCUGAAUGUGCCUCAUUCAGGAGACACACCUGAGCACCUACGGCUGAUAGACUGAACAACUGCGAAAUUUAAACUCUUCAGCCCAUCAGACCAUCAGCCUGAGUGGAAAUAGCUGUUUCUAAAUAUUCUCAUUGCUGUUCCAAUGUACACUGGAUUUCUGGAAGAAACAUGUUAACUAGCAAGACAUUCAAGGACGUUUUUCAAGAGUGAAGGAAACAUUCCAAUCACUGAAACAUGUCAAUCACUGUCCAUUUGAAGAGGAUAUCUAACCUGCCGGGGAAGUAUGACAGGAAAGUGGAACUGUCUUUUAGAGAUUUUACACACAAAACCAAGAUUUUUCAGUGUGAAAACAUCGCCAUCUUCAAUGAGCACUUCAGAUGGCCACACUAUGGGAAGAUCUUGAAGGACGAGGCACUGUCCAUCAGUGUAUACAACUGCAGCAAGAUGUUCAGUAACAGGCUGUUAGGGAAACUGGUGGUCAGCCUGCAGCAUGUGGUGACAGCGGGGAGGCUGGUUCUGAGAGAGCCGCUUACAGACAGCAACUACAGCUUGACCAAUAUAUAUGUGGAGCUGGAUGUGAGGUAUAAUCCUGUUCAAGGUGCAGCAGGAGACUGGAGCAGUGAAGAUUUCACUCGGUUGGAGGACAAUGAUGAAUCAGGUUUUGUCAUUAAAAAUUCAGGCUUUCUUGAACCUGGAAAUCUGCGGCCACAGCAGUUGGACCGAGAUGCCAGGAUGCUUGGACGCAGUCUGAUGAAGAUAGACAAUGAAGAUGGAGAUGAAGAUUAUGACGAUGACUAUGAUGAUGAUUAUGAUUUUGCAGACCUGGAAAUUGCAGGCAUGACAUUCACCCCCAUCUUGAGUCGUUGUAGAGCUUUAUCGAAGCAUGAGCUUGCAGCUGCCCCCAAAGUGAAGACUUUUCAGGUGAAUGUUAACGUGAUUGAGGCCCAGAAGUUGGUGGGUGUGAACAUUAACCCAGCUGUGUACAUCACUGUGGAAGAUGAAAAGAAGCGCACGUCCACUCAGAAAUCCACCAACUGUCCAUUCUACAAUGAGAACUUCAUGUUUGAGUUUCAAGAGACACAAGAUGUACUCUUUGAUAAAGUUAUUGAGAUCUCUGUGGUUCACAAGAAAACUCUGGCAUUUUUGAUGACACGCAUCGGUACCUUCAAGAUAGACAUCAGCACAGUUUACCAGCAGCCAGAUCACCGCUUCUAUCAGAAAUGGGCUCCACUCACAGACCCUAAGGACACUCGCUCUGGCAUAAAGGGAUAUGUGAAAUGCACGCUGAGUGUUAUGAUGAAGGGCGACUCAAUGGCCAUCGCCAGUCUGCCUUCAGUCUCCAGCCAGAACGAUGACAUUGAAAAGAAUCUGCUGCUCCCCAAGCGGAUGCCAGCAGAGCGGCCGUGGGCCAAGUUCCUGAUAAAGAUCUACCGGGCGGAGGACCUGCCCAGCAUGAACGCUGGAUUUCUGGGUAGCUUCUCCAAAAUGAUGGGCGAGAAGAAGGUUUUCAUUGACCCUUAUGUGCAGGUCACGUUUGCUGGCCAGCAGGGAGAAACGUCAGUGGAGAGCAACACCAAUGCUCCAGAGUGGAACGAGCAGAUCUCCUUCAUAGAGCAGUUUCCUCCCCUUGCUAGACGGAUCAAAGUCCAAAUCCUCGACGAUUCCAACAUUGGAGAUGUAGCUGUGGCUACACACUUUCUGGACCUCCAGCAAAUAUCUAACCCCAACAGAAAUGGGUUUAAUCCCACAUUUGGUCCUUCCUGGUUGAACCUGUAUGGCUCUCCUCAGAACUCCACUCUGCGGGAUAUCCACCAGGACCUGAAUGAAGGACUGAGUGAUGGUAUAUUCUACAGAGGCCGUGUGCUGCUGGCCCUGUCUGUGGAAAUUUAUUCCUCCCCUGCUGCUGCGGUGGUGGAGAGCAAAUCCAUCGUUAACAUUAAGAGUCCACUCAACAAACUGACAUUCAAACGUAAGAGCAAGAAAUCCAAGGAAAAGAAGAGGAAGGACACUGAUGGUCCUCAGGGUCACAGUGGCCCUGCUGAGGAACCUGAAGACUCAGCCUCCGAGGUUCCUGAAGCUGUAACUGUGGAAGUAGAGGAGAUCCAUCCCCUUCCAGAGAAUUUUGCAGGGGAGAAAGAGGAAUUCUUGCUGUUUGCAUCAUUCUUCGAAGUGACUAUGAUGGAUCCGUCUAUUGGCUCCAAAAAUGUCACCUUUGAGCUGUCUAUUGGCAACUAUGGUAAAACGGCCGAUGUGGUGGUGAAGUCAAAGAAGAGUGGCAGUCGUGAGGACCUUGCGGAGGACAGGCAGGCGCUGCUAGAGUCCGAGGAUGAGCUGGAGAAAGAGGAACCUGUCCCGGGAGCCCAGGACAAAUCUGUUACUGCACCCAGGAGAGCUCAGCCCACUGAAUACGAUGGGUCCUUCAGCUGUAUUCAUCUCCUUCAUGAAAAACCCUGCAUCUAUGUGUGGAGCUACUUUGAGGAUCACACCUUCCGUUACCAGAACUGCAACUGGCUCACCAAAAUGGCCGACAGACUGGAUUAUGGCAUUGAUGAGGUGGAGAUGCUUCUGAAACGACCAAGAAGUCAUGCUAAAGAGCGCCUGAUGGAAGUCACGCUGGAGUUCGUUUCCACGUGCAAGCAGUACAGUGCAAGCUUGGACAGGAAACGACAGGCUCGGCCAAACAACCUGGACAAAUGUCGCACGACCUUCAUUAAGAGAAAUAUAAUCAUUCUGGCCAAGCAGGCUCUGAGGGUGCGAAAAAGAGUGACCAGGAGAACGGUCAGAGAGAAGCUGGCUGAUGUUAGACGCAUUCUGAAGAGAUUACGCUUUCUUGCUAAAGAGCCCCAGAGCACACUACCAGAUGUGUUCCUUUGGAUGAUGAGCGGAGGGAGACGGGUGUCCUAUGCCCGAAUUCCAGCACACUCUAUCCUCUUCUCCCUUGUGGAAGAAGAGAAGGGCAAAGACUGCGGUAAAAUCAGCACCAUCUACAUGAAGACUCCUGGAGGCCCGCUGGGAGAGAUCUAUGCCAAGCUGGAAGUCUACAUGUGGCUUGGCAUCACCAAGUACUCAAAGAACUGUGUCACGAGUCUCCCUGCAGAGUUCAGGCCCAUAUAUGAGGGAGCAACUUUUGGUACCCCACUACCUCCAAAUAUGCCCCCCAGCAAAUUAGCAGUGGAGGACAGUCGAUAUUUCCAGCUCCGUGCUCACAUCUACCAGGCGCGAGGCAUCAUCGCUGCUGAUGACAAUGGCCUCUCAGACCCUUUCACUAAAGUUGUGUUCUCCACUCAGUGCCAAGUUACACGGGUUAUGGAGGAGACUCUGUCUCCCACCUGGUGUGAGUUGCUGUUAUAUGAACAGAUCCUCAUGGAGGGCAGUAAGGAUGACUUUAGGGACGACCCCCCUGUGAUCAUCAUUAACAUCUAUGACUAUAACAAACUAGGGAGCCCACAGUCUCUGGGUCGAGCAUUUGCAGAGCCAGAGCUGAAAUUCGUGGAGGAACCGUACAAGAAGCCCAUGCUGAAGUUCUUUGACAUCAGCAAAGGGAAGAGCAAAGCAGGAGAGUUACUGGCUGCCUUUGAACUAAUCGAACUGGAUUAUUCUAGCUUUGGAGAGCCAACCCUGCCGCAAGAUGUGGACCCCAGAGAUCUGGAGUACCUGGAGGAAGAGGGUCGUUACAUCAUCCCUGAGGGAGUUCGGCCUGUUCUGAAGAAAUUCAGGAUAGAGGUGCUGUACUGGGGUCUACGUGACCUGAAACGUGUAAACCUGUUCGAGGUGGAGAAGCCUCAGGUAUGGAUGGAGUGUGCAGGGCAGAUGAUCGAGUCAGAGGAGAUUGAGAACUACAAACAGAACCCCAACUUCAGUGAGAUUGUCAAACACUUCGAUGUGGAGCUUCCUGAGCUGGUGUAUCUGCACCCUCCUCUCACCAUCUUUGUGAUGGAGCAGCGGGCAUUUGGUCGGAUGGUGCUGGUUGGCACACAUGUCGUUCAGAGCCUAAUGCACUUUGCUCCCAAAGAGCUGGAUGAAUGGAAGGAUGAUGAGGAGGAGGAACCUGAGGAGAAAAAACCUCCAAAACGGAGCACCCCUCUGCAGACGGUGAUGAGCAUGGACCUGAGAGGGCUUCCACUAAAGGACACCAAAAUACCCAUAAAUCCUCUCAAUCUGGUCACUGCUCCGCUGAAAACAGUGAUCAAAAAGGAAGAGGAGCUUGAGGAGGAGGAGCCAGAAAAAGAGGAGCUUGAUUGGUGGUCAAAGUAUUAUGCAUCUCUGGCAGAACUUGAAAAGCAGGAAGAUAAAGAUGAUGACAUGGAUGAUCCACAAGAUGGAGAGGGUGGGAACUUUAAUAUGGCUACUUUAGAAGAGGAAGAUGAUGCUGUGAUUGUUGAAAUAGAACCUCCAAAACCAAAGAGAAAAAAGAUUGCUACAUUACAGCUUUACAAGUCAGAGCUAGAAAAUGAAUUCAGUCAGUUCAUGGACUGGUUGCACAUAUUUCCCAUAUACAAAGGCAAGUCGAACUUUGAUGAUGAAGAUGAGGAUGAAAGUGAGAGAACCAUGGGCAAAUACAAGGGGUCAUUUCUGAUCUACCCCAUUUCACCUGAAGAGGAGGAUGCAGACUUCCAGAUCACUAAAGGAAUCCCAAAAAAUGCUCCGAUCAAAGUGCUUGUCCGACUGUAUGUGGUGAAGGCCACGAAUUUGGCCCCAACAGACCCAAAUGGAAAGGCUGACCCAUAUGUGGUGGUGAAGGUGGGGCAGCAGCAUUUUGACUGUAAAGAGCGCUACAUUCCCAAACAGCUCAACCCUGUUUUUGGAGAAGUAUUUGAGCUGACCGUGUCAUUCCCGCUGGAGACAGAGCUGACCCUCAGUGUGUUUGACCAUGACCUGGUGGGAUCUGAUGAUAUGAUCGGAGAAACCCGCAUUGACUUGGAGAACCGAUUCUAUAGCCGCCAUCGGGCCGGCUGCGGACUUGCGUUAUACUAUGACAAGGACGGCUAUAAUAAAUGGAGAGAUGCCAAGAAACCCUCUGCCAUCCUGGCUGAGCUCUGCCGAAAAAAUGGCAUCCCACCCCCAGAGUACAGAGAGAUGGAGGUCAAAGUUCUCAAUAAAAUCUACAGGAUCCCCCCUGAGGCUUUUCCAGAAGAACUGCUAAAGAAGAAUAACAAGACGGAGGCGGAUUAUGUGGAGCUGGAUGAGCACCGGGCCCUUAGUGUGCUCCAACGGUGGGUGGAGAUGAGGGAGUUCACUGUGGGAGCAUGUCCAUUGGUGCCUGAACAUGUUGAGGUCCGAUCAUUGCUAAACCCUGACAAACCAGGCCUGCCACAGGGUUAUGUUCAUAUGUGGAUUGACAUGUUUCCUGUGGAUGUUCCACCUCCUCCACCCAUCAAUAUCAAACCUAGGCUGCCCAUAAGCUAUGAAUUGAGGGUGAUUAUUUGGAACACUGAUGAUGUUGUCCUGGACGAUGUGAACCCCUUCACAGGAGAGCCGUCCAGUGACAUCUAUGUUAAAGGCUGGAUUAAGGGCCUGGAGGAUGAGAAGCAGGAGACCGAUGUGCAUUUUAAUUCGCUGACUGGAGAAGGCAAUUUCAACUGGCGCUUUGUGUUCCACUUUGACUACUUACCCACAGAGAAGGAGAUUGUGUAUAAGAAGAAGGAGUCAAUCUUCUCUCUGGAGGAAUCUGAAUUCCGCCAGCCCGCCAUGCUUGUCCUGCAGGUUUGGGAUUAUGACCGGAUUGGCUCCAAUGACUUCUUGGGUUCCAUUGAGCUGCGUCUGAGUGACAUGGUUCGUGCGGCUAAGUCCUCAGAGCAGUGUAGUGUGAAGAUGGCUAAAGACAAGGCCAGCCCACGCUUCUCCAUUUUCCGCAGCAAGAGGAUGAAGGGCUGGUGGCCGCUCAUCAAAUUGAAGAGUCAGGAAGACAUUGAGCGAGAAGAGAGAGAGGCCGAAAUGGAGAAGAAGAACAAAAAGAAGAAGAAAAAGAAGCAGAGCAAACGCAGCAAGAUGAAGCCAGAGGACCUGCAGUUCGUGGACAGCAGCGGGAACACUUUCCUCUUAAUGGGUAAAGUGGAGGCAGAGUUCCAGCUGGUGACAGCUGAAGAAGCUGAAAAGAAUCCAGUGGGGAAAGCACGCAAGGAGCCAGAGCCACUGGACAAACCAAAUCGCCCUAAGACGUCCUUCAACUGGUUUGUGAACCCAAUGAAGACCUUUGUGUUUUUCAUCUGGAAGAAGUACAAGAAGUACAUCAUUGCUUUGAUUAUUCUGGCUAUUCUAGCACUGUUCCUUUUCCUCAUCUUGUACACCUUACCCACACACAUCAGUCAGCUUAUUGUCAAUGGCUAAAUGGCAAUGGCAGUGUCUGGAGAAGACAAUAAUAAGAAUCAAAUGGCCAAACUAGCAAUAAUGCAUUGCUUAACAUUUCAGCUUUGCCUUGUUAACAUGAGCACUGUAUUUGGAUCUUCAUUUUACUUGCUGAGUAAUUGAUUGUGCUGCCAUUAUUUAGUAUACAGAGGCAUUUUACUUAAAAAUGUUUAACGAAAUAAUAUUUGUUUUAGAGGAAAACACUUUCAGCAAUAUAUCAAACUGAUGGUGGACUCCUGAUGUGGAGAAGAGGCCUGUACUUAUAAAUAAUUAUCUGAUGUCUUAUAAACAUGUUGUAACACAUAGCACUAUACACUGUAAUGUCUUUUAAAUGGAUAAUGAUCUGUACAUAAUUAUAAAGCACCUAUAAUAAUUAGCAAUAAAAAAGCAUUAUGAACAUUUAAAAUGUUAGAGUGCUGAAAAAUAUCCAUAUUUAGUCUGAGUUAUCACUGAUAAAUCAUUGUGAUAAGUCAGUUAAAAAUCUGUGUUAUUGAGCUCUGCUAAAACCUGAGUAUACUGAAAAAUGUAUGUGAUGGUCAGUUAUUAAUCUCAGUGUUACUGAG